UUUAUUUUUCCAGGAAGCUCGCCAUGGCUACAUACAUCCCUGCUGUUGUUGCUUUCAGUGGAAUAAGAAGCUCGCCAUGGCUACAACCAUCCCUGCUGUUGUUGCUUUCAGUGGAAUAAGUGAGAAUCCAAAAGACUUACCAAGAUCUACUACAGCACCCUUCACCAGUAGCAUCACUGUAAGCCUCCCAGAAUACUACAGUUACUAUGACUACCCUGAGGAUGACUUCGGGAGGUGUGUGUAUGAGCGUUAUGGGGCCCAUUUUAUUCCCACCCUCUACGCCAGUUUCUUCCUCCUGGGCCUUCUGGGUAACUCUUUGGUCAUCUGGGUCAUUGCUUGUGGCGUGCGUCUCCGCAGCAUGACCGACGUGUGCCUCCUAAACUUGGCUGUUGCUGACCUUCUCUUGGUGUGUACCCUUCCCUUCCUAGCCCACCAAGCCCGGGACCAGUGGCUGUUUGGGGAUGCUAUGUGCAAAGCGGUCCUUGGUAUUCAUAAUAUUGGUUUUUACAGUGGGAUCUUUUUCAUCACUCUAAUGAGCAUUGACCGGUACUUGGCUAUAGUACAGGCCAUUUACGCUAUGAGAGUACAGACAAGGUCCUUUGGAAUGAUCGCAGCGGCUGUUACAUGGGUGGCUGGAUUUUUGGCUUCUUUCCCUGAAAUGAUCUUCCUCAAAGAGCAGCCUGUUGUGAAUAUUAAUGGGACUCAGUUUUUCUGCUACCCUGUAUAUCCCACAGCAACUUCGAAUGACGACACCAUUUCAUCCAACCCUCACAUCUGGAGCAUCUUCAGCCUUUUUAAAAUGAACUUUUUGGGUCUAUUUGUCCCGAUAGUCAUCAUGGGUUUCUGCUACUCACAGAUUGUCUGGAGGCUGCUAUACAGCCCAUCAUCCAAGAAACAAGCCAUCCGUUUAGUGCUCAUAGUGGUAGUAGUUUUCUUCUGCUGCUGGAUCCCCUACAACAUUGCAUCCUUCUUCAAAGCACUGGAGCUAUUGCACAUCUAUACAGAAUGUGAAAGCAGCAAAGCCAUCAGAUUGGCUUUACAAGUCACUGAGGUCAUUGCCUAUUCUCACAGCUGCCUCAACCCCAUCCUGUAUGUGUUUGUUAGGGAGAAGUUCAAGAGGCACCUGCUAAGGUUGAUAAACAGGGCUCCCUGCAGGCUGUGUCAGAUGGUCAAAGUCUGCAUACCCCAGGACAGAAUCAAUUGGUCAGUCUACUCACAGACCACCAGCCUGGACGAGAGGAGCACUGCUGUGUAAAGUGUGUUCCAUAGACUGUAUAAAGGUGGGUUGUUAUUUCUGUCUGUGUGGUCAUCUCCACAAUGAGGGAAUUU